AUGUUGGGGGAGGCUGGAGGGCGGAUGGGCGGGGUUGGGAGGUGGGUUCAGUUUGACAGAAGUCACUCUGGUUUGGUCCCGAGGGAGUUAAACUGGUGGCGGCUGGCCUAAUUCCCCAAAAUAGCUCAUUGAUGGGGAAUCAGACAGAGUGGAAGCGAUCGUGUGGAGAUUUGAUUGGAGCGCUGAGGGCGUCAGGAGAGAGCAGCGUUUACUCCGCUCACUUCUCUGAGCUUCAUUUGAUCAGUAAAUAUUGAAGUGGGGAGAUUUACCUCCAGUAUCUGUGCAGGGAUGCUGGCUGUGACCUCUGACCUCUCUCCUUCUUCUUCCUGUUAGAUUUGAAAGCUGCUGAAGAAGUAGGUUCAGUGUUUGUAGCAGCAGUCGUAUAAAGUAUCCUAAACGAGCUGAAGCUGCAGGAUUCAGAGAAGAGGAGUGACAGCAGCACCAGCAUCAGUGACUGUAGCAGUACAGUAAUCUCCAGACUUGCAGGAACAACAACAGGAACAACGUUAGAGCAGAGGUAGAGAGAAACAAGAACAUUCACAGAAAUGUAGAGGAGUCAGAAUAAUACUCAAGAAAGAAAAGUUUCCAGAAAGAGAGGAAGAGGAGAGGAGCGGAGUGUCGCUCGGGCUGAGCACGCAGAGACAAACGGGCGCUCUUUGGGGUUUCGGAUUUUUGGUUUUUGGAGAUAAUUGUUCAGUUUCUGAUUUUUUUACAGUUGUCUCAUUUUUACGCACGGCGCUCCUCGCGGGGGAUCCCUUUUGUUUUCCUUGGCACACAUCGUGUCCCAGGCUUUGUGUUGAUAAGAAAGAAGGAGACAGAACAAGAAGACAAUCUGGACCAAGGAGGACCAAAGGGGGCCAAAAACUCACCAGGUAUGGCGGCGGUGUUGCCGAGAACCCUGGGUGAGCUGCAGCUCUACAGGAUCCUGCAGCGGGCCAAUCUACUCUACUACUACGAGGCCUUCAUCCAGCAGGGAGGCGACGACGUGCAGCAGCUGUGCGAGGCCGGCGAGGAGGAGUUCCUGGAGAUCAUGGCCCUCGUUGGCAUGGCCAGCAAGCCGCUGCACGUACGCCGCCUGCAGAAGGCGCUGCGAGACUGGGUCACUAACCCCGCCAUCUUCAACCAGCCGCUCACGUCGCUGCCCGUGUGCAGCAUCCCCGUCUACAAACUCCCUGAAGGCUCGCCCACACUGCUCAGCGGACAGGAUCGAUCCAACACCGCCAGUGUCAAGAUGCCCAAAGCUGUCGCGGCCGCCUGCUCGGACCCGGGGAAGCUGGACGUGGCGAGGGACAAAGUGUCGGCCGGGUCGCCGCUGCAGGGCAGCAGCGAGGCUCGCUUCUGGUCAGGUCACAGUAACGACAGCGAGCACAGUCUGUCGCCGUCAGACCUCGGCUCCCCGUCAUCGCCCAGAGACGCAUUAGAGGCUCUGGACGCCGCCGCUGUCCAGUCAGUCCUGGAGUGUGUGGACCGGAUGGCACCUGGACUUGCUAAGACAGACCUGUCUGAGGUCAAAGAGCAGCUGAAGAACAACAAGAAACUGGCAAAGAUGAUCGGACACAUCUUUGAAAUGAGUGACGAUGACCCACGCAGGGAGGAGGAAAUCCGUAAAUACAGCGCCAUUUACGGACGCUUUGACUCCAAGAGGAGGGACGGCAAACACCUGACGCUGCACGAGUUGACGGUGAACGAGGCGGCAGCCCAGCUCUGUAUGAGGGACAUGGCUCUGCUGACACGUCGAGACGAACUGUUCGGACUCGCCCGCCAGAUUUCCAGAGAAGUCACCUACAAGUACACCUACCGCACCAGCAAGUCUCGCUGCGGGGACAGAGAUGAGCCGUCACCUAAAAGGAUUAAAACAGAGGAGAACUUCUUCGACAUCCAGGAGGCGCUGCAGGCGAUCCACAUGAGGCAGGAGAUGCUGAGAGAACAGCUGGCCUGCGCCAAGUCGAAAGGAGAAGAGACUGUGGGGCGAAAUCUGCAGAUGCAGCUGGAGCGUCUGCUGGCCCGGCAGAUGGAGAUCCUGCAGGAUGCCGCCGUCCAGGAGCGGCUUCAGGCUCUUGACUGGAGGAUUCCCCCGGCCGCCUUAAAGUACCUCAACGACGCCCAGAACACCAACGGUACCGCCGCCGACGCCAGCAGAGACAACCAAGACGAACGACCAAUCAACUUGCGGGUUGUUAGUCAGAACAUGCAGGAAGGCGACCUCCCAUUGGGCAAGCAGCUAGCCAAUGAACUGAAGCGCCAUCAUAACCACAGCAACAACAACAACAACAACAACAACACAGACGAGACCAAAACACCAGCAUCAGAAAACGGGACAUCGCAGCGAGCGUCCAACAACACAGAGAAGAAGACCAUCAAAUCAGAGCCGGAAGACUCCACAUAGUGCCUUCCGCCUCGCACCACCACCACCACCACCACCACCCUCUGCCCACCUAGUACCCAACCCUCAAUUCAUUCUACUCACACUUGACAGUAUGCAGUUCUCCAUCAAUAGAUACUAAGCAAGCACAGCCACAGUAGAGCCUUAACAACCAAUGUUGCCUCAUGAAUAGCAUUUAUUUUUCUUUGACUUUGUCUUUUCGUUGAAGAGUUAUUUGCCAAAGCACCUAGAGAGCGUGUGGAGAAGCCCUCAGUGCUCUGCAGGUCUUUGUCUGUUGAUUCAUUGUACACGUUGGGUCUACAUGUAAUUUAAGAGUGAUCUGUUGCAGACGUUCGUCUACUCUUUACCUCUGCCUGGGCGGGAUUUCUGUUGCUUCCUUUGACAGCCAGGUUUCAGGCUGUGACGCCGGGGCUGAGUCUUAACUCAAAAGUAGAUUCAGAGACAUUGCUGCGCGUCCUCACUGUGGAAGGAUAGUUCAACAUUUACAGAGGUGCUCUGAGGGGGGCAAGGCCGUCACUUUGGUAUUGACUGAAAACUCCUGAUAACAAUUGUAUAAAGACUUUGAUGCACUUUAGAAGACUUCAGUGAUCCUUUGACUUAGUGCCACCACGAGGGGAAAUAUCUCAACAUACACAUCCUCGUUCGUUUGAAUCCUCAGCUUUUAAGUCCAGCGCCAACACAAGGUAGAAAUAUGUGGCUUCGAGUGAACCUAAGGAGUAUUCACGCCAUGCAGUGUGCACGCUAUGUUGUGCUGCAGGAUCAGAAAUAUUAGCAUUUAGCUUUAAAGCCAUGCAAGCACAGUCUGAUAGAGCUGCUAGCUAAUGAAUUUGUUCUGCAGAUUUGGAACCUUUUAAGCGUUGAUGUCCAAAACUUCCACCGUCUGUUUCCAUGACUUGAAAUGACCGGUCCAAUCCUCUCGCAGCCUCUUCCCCGUCCAUCAGCUCCGGUCUCCUGAGCCUCUGUGACUCUCCCAGAUCUAACCCAGGUGUCUGCGUCUGUUCUGUAACUCCAACAAAUGUUUUAAAGUACUGUAGGGAGAAAGAGUUGGGAUUCAGCCCCUGGUGCAAGUUCAUUUUUUUGUUGUUCACUUCAAAUGAUAAAACAGGAGAGGUGGGAUCGGUCCCUCCUCCCUCGCUCUUGUCUUGUGUAUAUUUAUGAGAGGUAAUAUAAAAAGAGGAUGUAUAGGAGCUGUUGUGGAGGAACAGCAGGGGACCUCUGUCAUUCGUCUUGGCAGGAUGGCUGGGCUGGCAUGCCGGAGGCCGAGCUAAUUGGUUCAUUUCACUUUGUAAUUUAGCAAAACGCUGCUGUUGAUCUGAAACCACGCAUCUGCAAACGGGGAGUAUUUCAGGAAUAAAGCCUCUGUAUUUUGAAGAAAUGCUCCAACAAGCUUUCAGCAGACCCCACAGGUCGUAAAUCCUCUAAAUUUGUUUUUAACUCUAGACUGGAUUAAAUAUUAAAGAGUGCAGGCAUGUGGUUUCUCAACAGCAGCAGCAGCUAAAAGCUGAGUUCCUGUUUCUUGCUGCUCUUGGUGGAGCAGCAGCCCGGGGUCUGUAAAUAGUUCUGUGAUAACAAAUAGUGCUAGCCUAAUCUCUCAACCAGGGUUUUCCUUUGUCAAGUGUAACUUUGCUGUAGAUUUUCAGUGUCAAUACAGUGUUUAUGUAUGUAGAGCAAAAAGAAAAAAGAAAACUUAAGUGUCACUGAGGAAAAAAUACAACGUGUGAAAGUGUCUGGUGUAUAAAAACAUGCUUUACAUGAUGAAAUGUUGAUUAGCCUUAGCUCUUAACAGUGUUUAACCCACCUGUGAUGGCCAUCAGUGCAUAUUUCAACAUGUGUUUUUGCUGUUUAGAGGUAAAUACAUAAAUAAGUGUUCACUGUGUUUUUAUGUGUAAAUACGUCUGUUUGGUCCCAGAUGAUAAUAAUAAUAAUAAUGUUCAGAGGAUUCGCUCUCACGGCCCUCUCCCCCUCUCCCCCUCUCCCCUGCAGAUAGUUUAGUCUCACUCAGCGUAUUGACAGACCAAUGCAAUAUUUAUGUAAGUAAUAAGUCUAUUUGCAUACUCUGUGGAUCCAUCAUGUGUUCUUUGCUCAGUAACUGUGUGUCCGUCAUGAUUUCAGGGUGGAUCUGACCAACAGCUUAGGAAAUGUUUCUGUUGUCUCACUCUGUCCUUAAAUUUAAAGACAAGAGAUCUUUUAAAGAAGUUCACGAGCUGGUUUUAUUUCAAGCAACUGUUACGGCAAGAAGCUAGGAGUUCUUAAAGUCCAGUUUAUCAAAUCUAAACUCGCCUGGAGAUGAAGCCAUCGAGGUCCGGAGACGAGACCGACCUUUAGUCUCGGGCCUGAUGGGCUCACAUACCGCCGGCCCUGUCAGCGUGACUGUUGUACGAUGUUUCUGAGAAUAUGGCUGCCGUCUCACCGAUCACUGUUCUCCUCACUGUUUAUUGUAAAGUGAUAGAUUAGGCUUCACCUAGUUAUGCACCUGUUUUUUAAACACUAAUAUAUUUUAUUUGUUAUACAGCACAUAAACAUUAAACUUUAUUUUUUUGAA